UUACACUUCCGAAAAGAAGGAGUCCAAGCGGCAAAGUAGGAGCAGCAGAGGCUUGCUCAAAGAUGACAGCUGUUGCUAUCUCUCCUGCUUCUCAUGGAAUUAUUCAAGUAGUUAACGAAAGUAAUUUACUUAAAAUAGAAAGUUUUCUCAAUGACACUGCAUACAGGGAAGCCAUUGAAAACUCGUCGAAUUAUAACAGUCGAUUAUGCCGAGAAAGGAGGUUACGUAUGCCCUUUCUGGACUCACAGACGGGUGUAGCGCAGAAUCAUUCUACGCUUUUUAUGUCCUCGAGAGAAAGACUACCGGGAUUAUUACACGGACAAAUUUAUACAUAUCCAAGCAAACGAUGGAGGAAAAAGAGGCGUCAAUAUUUAAUGCAUUAUUUACAUCCAAAACGUGGACCGAGAGGUGACACAGAAGAUGGAUCUGAAGGUGUAGAGACUAUAACACAUGUCAAUGAUGAUAGUAAAGAAUCAGUUGGACUUAAAGAUGAACAUAGUAAAGAUGCAUGGUAUUAUGAUGAACAAGACAUGUUGGAUAUGGAUGCAUAUGAAGAACCUGAUCCAGAUAGUGAUUAUGAUUAUGAAGAAAGUUACAGUAGUAAAAGGAAAAGGAGAAAACACAGAGGUGGUGGUCAUCAUCCUGCCAGAAGUCAUCCACCAACCACGGAUAGUCCUGGGACCAAACGUACAAAGGGUGGGGGACGUGGCCGUAAGAAAACUAACUAUGAUGCUGUUGACUCCGAUAAGCCAUUCGUUUGUGACCUAUGCAGCGCACGGUAUAAAACCAGACCUGGUCUGGUCUACCAUUAUGGUCAUUCCCACUCUACUUCCUCUGGUGAUCCUGCUAAGGAACUAAGUCCCAGUCCUGCCGAAGUUGAACCUAGGAGCGUUGCAGACACCGCUGCUUCGAACCAGCCAGGUGGUACACGUCGGGGUCGUCAGAACACUACUACCUCGAGUACCUCGAGUCCCUCUCCCGCAGCACCAGCUGCCCCUGCUGCGGGAGCCACAACGCAGCCGCAACAACCAGCACAGUUGCCACCAGCUCAGACGCCCAUCGCACCAACAUCGCCUACUAUACCACCACCUAAGGAAGAUCAUCUACCAGCAGUAUCAUCUCCUGGUGGUACCGCUGUACCUUCUCCUUCCUCAGUUAGACCCGAGGGUGGACCACCAACGCCUGGACCUGCUGAGAAAAAGCCUGGAAAAUCCGCGCAACCCUCUCCCUACUGUGACUUUUGUUUGGGCGAUGCAAGAGAGAAUAAAAAAACUGGUGGAUCAGAGGAAUUGGUCUCUUGCAGUGAUUGCGGUCGCUCAGGGCAUCCAACAUGUUUGCAAUUCACUGCGAACAUGAUCGUUUCUGUUCGCAAGUACAGGUGGCAGUGUAUCGAAUGCAAAUGUUGCUCCAUAUGUGGCACUUCUGACAACGACGAUCAGCUGCUGUUCUGUGACGACUGUGAUCGUGGAUACCACAUGUAUUGUCUGUCUCCACCUCUCGCAUCUCCUCCUGAGGGCUCCUGGUCUUGCCGUCUGUGCAUAGCAGAAUUUCAUCGCCGUGAUUAAGUCUGAUAUCGUAGAUAAGUCACGCGGUUCUCUAUCUAUCGCUGUUGUUGUGGUGGUGCGACUACGGUUGUCCUUUGAAUUAGGAGAGUAUUCUUUAGAUACAAACCAACCCCCCUCUCCUCUCCUCCUCUCCUCUCACCCUCUCUCCCACUCCACUACACCUGACUCUCAAUCGCUCCCACCCCAUAUUACCACUUCCAUUCCCUUCUCCUACCCCCUACUGUAUCUACUAUCCUAUCCUCGUACUCGAUUCCAUUUCCAUAUGUAUAGUAUUAUCGUAGAUUUCAACGAUCUAUAUAUCCCCAUCAUCCAAGAAUUCUUAUCAAUUCUCAUUGAAACAACAAAAUAAGAGAGAUUUUAAUUCCUAUAACGAGAUAUGUAUAUCCAAACGUUUGCCAUUCUUUUAUUUUAUUUUAUUUUAUUUUAUUUUAUUUUAUUUUCUUUUUUUUUAUUUUUUAUUUUUUAUUUUUUAUUAUUAUAAUUUUUUUUCUUUUUUUUAUUUUCCUGUUUUUUUUUUUUUUUUUUUUUUUUUUUUUUUUUUUAACUGUAUUUAUAAGAAAGAACGAUUAGAGAAAGAGAAUUUUAUACGUAGCUUCGUUGUUUAUUAGAAAUACAUCUCUCAGGCACUGCUGGAUCUCAGAAAGCUAAAAAAUGUAAUAAGUGUAUUUAUGGUUUCUUUUUUGUUUUUUUUUUUGCCUUUUUGGAUUUUUUUUUUUUUUUUUUUUUUUUGCCUUUUUGGAUUUUUUUUUUUUUUUUUUUUUUUUUUUUUUUUAAUAAGGUAGCUCUUACAAAUAGUUAUAUAAGCUUCUCUCAAAAAACAGACCGUGCAAACAAAGGUCCUACGAGAAAACGGACAAAGAGAUUAAUUGUUUUAAAUGAAAUAAAGGGAGAGGAAUAUAUAUAUAUAUAUAUAUAUAUAUAUAUAUAUAUAUAUAUACAUAUAUGUAUGUAUGUAUGUAUAUUUCUGUCCAAAUAUUUCAACUUAAAAUAAUACAUGAAAAUAUGACAAAUGUAUUUUUUUUAAUCGUUUUUAGAACUCGAACACAUAUAUAAUAGACUCUAUAUAUAUUGAAUGCUGUAACAAAAUGACAUGAAUUAGUUUUAAGUAAAAUGAUGAUUAAUAGAACGAUGCUCUCCUAGUUCUGGAUCAAUCUAUAUUUAGCCACUGACACUUAAUAUGUUUGGUUGCUUUUACAAUUUUAAACGAAACGAAAUGAAACGAAACGAAACGAAACGAAACUAAACUAAAUGAAAUGAAAUGCAAUGAAAUGAAAUGAAACAAAACAAGAAAAAGAAAAAAAAGAAGAAGAAGAAGAACAAACCAAGAUAAUAUUUAAAAAUUCAACAAAACUUUUUGGUGAUCUCAAAUUUUCAUACUAACUCUUAGCUCCUCGCUAUUAACUUGGAUACAUUAAAUCCAAGUAUCAUGGAAGAUGCAAAAGUAAAAGUAAAGCAAAGCAAAGUAAUUGAAAAAAAAAAAAAAAAAAAAAAAAAAAAAAAAAAAAUCAAUGAUAUUCUAGAAAGGAAAAAAAAAAAUAAAAAAUAAAAUAA